GGGUCGAGGCUGGAGCUGAAUUUCACGACUUCUUUCUGGUUCCGAAUCCAAUUUCUCUGCUCGUGGAAAAUUUAGCUUAGAAGAAGGAGAUGGGUACGGUGGAACCCAGUUUGGAAGAAUUGUUGGAGCAGAAGAAGCGAAUCAGGAACCCUCUUGUUCCAGUCGAAGAGGUUUCAGACAACUUUUAUAAAUUUAUAUGGCGACUAAGGUUGCUUCAGUGAGCGUUCGAUGUAAAAGGCUCAAACUUUAUCAUUUUGCAUCGACCCUUCAGCUGAGAGAGGAAAAGAAAAGGUGGGAAGUUCUGCCAGGCAGCACAACACAGGAAAUUGAAGAAGCUAUAGGAGUUCUUCCAUAUCAGGUUUUGUGUACGGUAAAGGCAAGAGUUUGUUACUUGUUAAAUCUAUGACUAAGGAUAGAUUAAUUUAAUGACUAAAAAUCUGUACAACAGCUAGCGAUUUACCUGGUUGCAGUAUGCAAAUGUGUUAGCUGAAUGUUCGUGAGUAUGCAUCAUGAUUUAAGGGUAUAAGGAUCAACUUACCUGCAAAUAAGUUAAGUAACUGAGUUAGAAUUGUUUCAAGGUAAACAAAAAGACUAGAAUGGAAAUAGAAAUGCUUCUACAUGCUCUAAUUGUGAAUUUAUUGAAUUAAAAGACUUGCAUGCUUGUUAUGGAAAUUGCUCUGAUAUAUCCAGUGGUAUAAAUAUAUGAUAUCAUGCUUAUUGUUAUAAUUUUCUAUGGAGAUAUAGACCCGAACAAAACUGGGUACUCAUUGUGCUGUUGUUAGCAACUUAUUGUAUAGACAUUGACUUCUGGCAGCAGGGAAUAGUCAAGGCAGGACCUCGCUUAUUGUGUGUGUGCACCACAUAUUGUUUAUUGACUCCAUAGAAUGAUAUUGGGAAUCUGGUUGCCAUUGUUUGUGCCCAUCUAUUUGUUAACCAGAUCUCCUAAACUGUUUUGCUAACUAAGAAUUGUUAAGAAUUGAUUGUCUCAUGUUCUGAACUUGGCGUAUUGCCUAUAUUUGUUCACUAAAUGAUUAAUAGUUUUUAGUUAUAGAUUGGUUAGUAACAUCCACUUACAGGCUUAUUAGCUCACAAACUAGUUUAACAGGUUGCAGGUUAGCUAAGUUUAAGGGAGUACAAGGACCUCAGGAAGCUAGGAACUUUUCCCUGGAAGCCUGAACUUGGUUAGACAAGUUUGUAAACUCUAACAAAAACUAUCCUGGCUCAUCUUUGAAAGUUCAGUUAGCAUACUUUAUAAGAAGAUUCUACUCUAUGUAUAUCUUGUAAAGCUGGUCUAAACUGAACACAAUUUGUAGACUAAACUUAAGGUUCUGAU